AUGAAUGGUACUGACUCUUCUCGUGUAUCGCGUCACCAGUUUGACAGAUUCAUACCCAACAGAUCGGCCAUGGAUUUCGAUUACGCUCACUUCGCGCUCACAGAAGGAAGGAAAGUCGAAGAGUGCUCAUCGCCGUCUAAGCUCGCUUACAGAACGCGAUUAGCCGAGACUAUGAAUCUGAAUCGCAGUCGCAUCCUCGCCUUCAGAAACAAACCUCCUCCUCCUCCUCCGCUGCUUCCCGGUGCUCACUCUCCUUCUCCUCUCCCCCAACAAUUCAAACCCUUCAAGCCUCGUAGACACAUUCCUCUGGCUCCCGAGCGAACCCUAGAUGCGCCUGACAUUGUUGACGACUUUUACCUCAAUCUGCUUGACUGGGGAAGCGCUAACGUGUUAGCAAUAGCUCUGGGGAACAGUAUUUUCCUAUGGGAUGCUUCCUCUAGCUCUGUAUCCGAGCUUAUGGCCGUUGACGAAGAGAAAGGACCCGUGACGAGUGUAAGCUGGGCUCCUGAUGGUCGUCACGUUGCGGUUGGGCUCGACUGUUCUCAAGUGCAGAUUUGGGAUUCUGAAGCCAAUCGUCUGCUGAGAACUUUCUCAGGCUGUCACCACUCGAGAGUAGGAUCGUUGGCGUGGAACAAUCACAUUCUGACGACAGGAGGAUUGGAUGGGAAGAUCAUCAACAACGACGUGCGUGUUAGCUCACACGUUGUGGGGAGUUAUAAAGGUCACAGUCUAGAGGUUUGUGGGCUCAAGUGGUCAGGGUCUGGUCAGCAGCUAGCUAGUGGUGGCAAUGACAGUUUGGUGCACGUAUGGGAUCGUUGUAUGGGUAGUACGCAGUGGAUGCAUAGGCUUAGGGGUCAUACGGCUGCGGUUAAAGCUCUCGCCUGGUGUCCUUUCCAAAGUAAUUUGCUUGCAACUGGCGGUGGUGGAGAAGAUGGGAAGAUUAAGUUUUGGAAUACUCACACAGGGGCUUGCUUGAACUCGGUGGAUAAUGGCUCUCAGGUUUCUUGUUUGCUGUGGAGCCACAGGGAAAGAGAGCUGCUUAGCUCACAUGGGUCUAUGCAGGAUCAGCUUACGCUUUGGAAGUACCCGUCUAUGGUGAAAGUGGCUGAGCUCAGUGGUCAUACGUCGAGAGUUUUAUGUAUGGCUCAGAGUCCGGAUGGUUGUACUGUGGCAUCAGCAGGAGGUGACGAGACUCUGAGGUUCUGGAAUGUUUUUGGAACACCGGAGACGGCUAAAAAACCUGCUCCGGAUCGAGUUCAUGAGCCGUUUUCGAAUGUGUCUCGGAUUCGUUGA